AUUAAACAAUAGCUACAAUUCGUUGAAAUGUAUGAUACUUUUGUAUCAGAAUUGUCUAACGAUGACACACCGCCACUUGCUACUGUAAAGCAACACGUGAGCAUCUCUGUAAAAGACUGACAGUAUGAAGAUGUCAUGAGCUUUGUCUGCUGGCGCCGAGAGAGCGCACUUCUCUCUCUGAAUCACUGCUCCCCUGUCAUUAUGGACUCUGUAUAGACAAGAUUACACUGAGCUGGACUCUUCUUAUUAACGCUUUUAGAUACGAGAUAUUUUUUCUUCAUCGUCUUAAUCGGCUGCCAAUUGCAAUAUCAGCGCUUGCUUUGCGCGUUGUGUCGGACAGAAACCAAGGAUCGUCUUUCAAGGGAGAAAAGUUAAACUGACACCCGAUGUAAGUGGUGUCAUCCCCGGGGUACUUUGAGGAUGCAGAGAUCACCUGUUGAGGAUGCUAACUGCCUGUCAAGAUACUUCUUUUGGUGGACAAACCCUAUUAUGAGAAAGGGUUUUAAAGAGAAACUGAAGGCAUCUGAUGUUUAUCAAGCUCCCAGUCAAGAUACAGCUGAUGUUCUUGCAGAGCGUUUGGAAAAAGAAUGGGACAGAGAAGUUGCGUCUGGCAAGAAAAACCCCAGUCUACUGCGAGCACUCGCGCGAUGCUUCAUCCGACCUUUUCUGUUAUUUGGGGUCCUUCUGUAUAUAGGCGAGGCUACAAAAACAGUGCAACCACAGCUUUUAGGACGGAUCAUAGCGUCAUUUGACCCUGCGCAUGAACCAGAAAGAGCUAUGGGCUACUUUUUAGCCCUGGGCCUUGGCUUGCUAUUCACGGCCCGUUUUCUCCUGCUCCAGCCAGCCAUGUUUGGGCUUCACCGCCUGGGCAUGCAGAUCAGGAUUGCUCUCUUCAGCAUCAUCUAUAAAAAGACCUUAAAACUCUCUAGCCGAGUCUUGGACAAGAUCAGCACAGGUCAGCUGGUCAGUCUGAUGUCAGCCAAUUUGGGAAAGUUUGAUCAGAGCUUGAGUAUGGCCCAUUUCGUGUGGAUAUCACCACUGCAAUGCAUCAUGUGUACCGGUCUGAUCUGGGAACUCAUUGAUGUGAAUAGCUUUUGUGCACUGGCCGCCAUCUCUUUACUGGGGGUCUUCCAAGCCUUCCUCUCACAUAAAAUGGGUCCUUACAAAGCACAAAAAGUUCUGCUAACCAACAAGCGUUUGGCUCUGACCUCAGAGAUCAUGGAGAACCUGCAUUCGGUGAAAGCCUAUGGCUGGGAGGAGAUAAUGGAGACGCUCAUCAAGAAUAUUAGACAGGAUGAGGUAAAGUUGACCAGGAAAAUUGGCUCCCUGCGUUACUUCUACAGCUCGGCGUACUUUUUCUCUGCCAUCUUCGUCAUUGUGGCGGCAGUGGUGCCUCACGCCCUCAGUCGAGGCAUCAACCUGAGGCGCAUAUUCACCACUCUUUCCUACUGCAUGGUGCUGCGUAUGACUGUCACUCGACAGCUGCCCGCUUCAAUACAGAUGUGGUACGACACCAUGCGGCUCAUUUGGAAAAUUGAAGAAUUUCUUAGUAAGGAAGAAUACAAGUUAAUGGAGUAUGAUCUCAGCAUCACACAACUGGAGCUGAAAAAUGUGACUGCUUCUUGGGAUGAGGGUACUGGUGAACUUUUGGAAAGGAUCAAGCAGGAGAACAAAGCUAAUGGUCAUCCUAAUGGAGAUGCAGGCCUCUUCUUUACCAAUCUGUAUGUGACUCCUGUACUGAAGGAUAUCAGCUUGAAUCUGAAGAAAGGGGAGAUGUUGGUCGUUACUGGUUCAAUGGGAUCUGGAAAGAGCUCAUUGUUGAUGACCAUCCUCGGAGAGCUUGUUCCCUCUUCCGGGAAGAUCACACACAGCGGUCGAAUCUCCUACUCCUCCCAAACAGCCUGGAUCAUGCCUGGCACCAUCCGAGACAACAUACUUUUUGGUCUAACUUAUAAUGAGUACAGAUACAGGAGUGUGGUUAAAGCAUGCCAGCUUGAGGAGGAUCUAUCUGCUCUGCCUGAGAAGGAUAAGACGCCUAUGGCUGAGGGGGGUUUAAAUUUGAGUGGAGGUCAGAAAGCACGUGUGGCUCUGGCCAGGGCUGUUUAUCGAGAUGCUGAUGUUUACCUGCUUGAUGCACCUUUUACUCACCUGGAUAUCGCUACAGAAAAGGACAUAUUUGACAAAUGUCUGUGUCAGCUGAUGUCCUCCAAGACUCGCAUCCUGGUAACAAAUAAAAUCGACCACUUGAAGCGUGCCGAUAAGAUCCUACUGCUCCACAACGGUGAAAGUUUUUUCUACGGCACCUUUUCAGAACUUCAGUCGGAGCGACCUGAUUUCAGCUCUUUGCUACUGGGUCUGGAGGCCUACGACAACGUCACUGCCGAGCGCCGUUGUUCCAUCCUCACAGAGACCCUUCGGCGCGUUUCGGUGGAUGAGAACGCACCUCUGCGUUCCUCCUACCGUCAGGUUGCCCCCUCGAAGCCCAAGUACAUAGAUGAGAGAAAACCCUCAGUGAUCCUCAAUCCUCUCGGUGCUACCCGCAAAGCGUCUUUCAUUCAGGCACCAGAGGAGGAGGUCCGGAGGACGUUACCUGACCGCAAGUUCUCCCUCGUACCUGAGAACGAGCUAGUGGAUGAAUCCUUCAUGGGAAGUGAUGUGUAUCACAACCAUGGAGUGCAUAUGGCUGGUCAGAGGAGACAGUCUGUGUUAGCCUUCAUGACCAACGCACAAGGUCAAGGCAGACGUGACCACCUUCAAGCGUCUUUCCGUCGAAGGCUCUCCGUCGUUCCUCAGAGCGAACUGGCCACUGAACUGGACGUCUAUACUCGCCGCAUGUCAAACAGUGCCUAUGACAUCACAGGAGUGCUUGAGGAAGAGAAUAUUGAGGCGAGCUUAGCUGAUGGAAUAGAUGAAAUAGAGGAGACGUUUGAAACAACAAAGUGGAACACAUAUCUCAGAUAUGUGUCCAAUAACAAAAGUCUUCUUUAUGUUCUGAUCUUCAUCCUCAUUAUUGCUGCAAUUGAGGUUGCAGGUUCUGUAGCAGGAAUUUUUCUCAUAACUGAUGAGCUUUGGAAAGAGGAACAGGACAGAUCCGACCCAAAUAUGACCAAGUCCAACGUGUCCUUACCUGACAAGAGCUCAGCCGUCAUUGUGACCCCCACAAGCAGUUAUUACAUCCUCUACAUUUAUGUGGCCACUUCAGAAAGCAUCCUGGCUAUGGGAUUCUUCCGAGGUCUUCCGUUUGUCCACACUAUGAUCACAAUCUCUAAAAAACUGCACCAGAAGAUGUUUCAUGCUGUCCUCAGGGCACCUAUGUCUGUGCUCAAUACCAUGAAAACAGGUCGAAUCAUGAAUAGGUUUACCAAAGACAUGUCCACAAUAGAUGACAUGCUUCCUCUCCUCAUGUUUGACUUUGUUCAGCUGACUCUGGUGGUGUUAGGAUGUGUCCUCGUGGUGUCCAUUGUGCGGCCGUACAUUUUCCUAGUGGCUACUCCUCUUGCCAUCAUCUUCAUUGUGAUGAGGAAGUAUUUUCUCCGUACAGGUCAACAGCUGAAGCAGCUGGAGACAGAAGCUCGGAGCCCUGUCUUCUCCCAUCUCAUCAUCUCGCUAAAGGGUUUGUGGACCAUCAGGGCCUUUGAACGUCAAGCCUACUUUGAGAAUCUGUUUCAGAAGGCCCUCAACACCCAUACAGCCACCUGGUUCCUCUACCUAUCGAGCCUGCGAUGGUUCCUCUUUCGCUCCGACAUCCUCUUUGUGUUCUUUUUCACAUUGACCGCCUGGAUUGCAGUAGGAACCAACCAGGAUAAACCGGGUGAGAUUGGUAUCGUCAUAUGCCUGGCAAUGCUCAUUCUAGGCACCUUCCAGUGGUGUGUUGCCACCAGCAUUGCAGUGGAUGGAAUGAUGCGUUCUGUUGACCGGGUUUUUAAGUUCAUUGACCUGCCGUCUGAAACGCCCAAAUCCAAACUUGACCAAGGGAAAGGCUCCGACCUGAUUAUUGAGAACGUAGAUGCCCGGACUGACACAGUGUGGCCCAACCACGGUCAGAUUGAUGUGAGGAAUUUGACGGUCAGAUACACAGAGGCGGGUCACGCUGUUCUUAAAAACCUCUCCUUUACUGCGGAGGGGGGACAGAGGGUGGGUAUCUUGGGCCGGACAGGUUCUGGGAAGAGCUCUCUGUUUAAUGCUCUGCUCAGACUGGUUUACACUGAUGGGGACAUCUCCAUUGACGGGGUUAACUGGAACAAGAUGCCCCUUCAAAAGUGGAGGAAAGCUUUUGGCGUAGUGCCUCAGAAAGUCUUCAUCUUUACGGGAACGUUCCGCAUGAAUCUGGACCCUCACGGUUGCCGAAGCGAUGAGGAACUUUGGCGAGUUGCUGAGGAGGUUGGUCUUAAGUCAGUGAUUGAGCAGUUUCCCGACAAACUGGACUUUCAGCUGGAAUAUGGAGGCUAUGUACUGAGUGAUGGCCACAAGCAGCUCAUCUGUCUCGCUCGCUCCAUCCUCAGCAGAGCCCGCAUCCUCCUCCUGGAUGAGCCUAGUGCUCACCUUGACCCAAUCACAAUAAAGAUAUUAAAGAAGACACUGCGACAGUCUUUUUCCACAUGCACUAUAUUACUAUCUGAACACAAAGUGGAACCACUGCUUGAAUGUCAGUCUUUCCUGAUGAUGGAUAAAGGCCAGGUGAAGACUUACGAAUCUAUUCAGAAGCUGCUGAAUGAGACAAGUCAUCUAAAGCAGGCCAUAAGUCCGGCAGAGCGCCUCAAACUGUUCCCUCGCCGCAAUUCCAGCAUGCGUGCCCCUCAAUCCAAACUCAGCUCUGUGACUCAAACGCUACAAGAAGAGGCAGAGGACAACAUCCAAGACACUCGUCUCUGAACAUCUAAAGCUUGUUUUCUAACAAUGGUACAUUUUAUUGGAUGGAGCACAUUUGAGGAAAAUGCAAGAUAUGGAAGCUUUAAGUAUUGCCUCUCACAAUGGGACGUAUCGUGGCCAGGAAUAAUUGAACGCUGUUAAAAGUGUAUAGCUAACGUAACUUAUAUGAUUCAUCUCUGUUCUUUGUUGAUUAUGUCUCAAGUGAAAUGUUUUCAUCUAUUUAAUUUCGCUUUGAACAUUUAAUUUAUUGCGGUAUUUUGAGACUAUAUCUGACAUCAUUUGAAAGUGCAGGAUUGUAUUAAUCAUGUAAAUGACUCUUUAUUUUCUUGUCAUUGAACUAUAGGAAAAGGAAGGAAAAGGAAAUAUUUUUUAUUAUUUUAAUAUGUAAAUAUAUAUAUACAGUAUUUAUAAGACUUAACAAAUAUAUUUUUCAAGACUG